UUGGUGAUUACUAACUUCGCUUGCUCCGAGUGCUAUAUUUAUCAAUCCUCCUGGCCAUAAAAGGUCGGGACUCUGGCUUUGAAAUUCCACUGACGGGAGACAUUAUUUUUGUACUGAACCCUGGAGCCGAGUUUGCAGCCUGCUUCCUCCCACUGCCUCCCUCGAUUCAAUAUACGGAGCCUUAUCGCCUGCAUUUCACCAAAACCCCCAAGAAACAUUUGAUAUCUGAUUUGAAGAUUUCGUGCAGGCGAUAAGUUUGGAUUUUACGUGCCCAGCAAUGUCCUCGUUGUCUUUACCUUUCUACCAGAAACACCACCGGCACUAUGACCGCGAUUAUCGCAACACACAGCUAUCGUCCACUAUGCAAGAGUACCGCCAAGAGGAAAAGCGCAGUACUGCAACUCACUCCCACAGAGUCAGAUCCAAGUUUUCAGAUGAAAUGUUAGAAACCUCUUCUGGAAGCCCUCAAAUGAAGAGAGCGAAGCAGGACUACUACUCUAAGGGGAAAGAGAAUGAAGCUGUUGAUUAUAUAGUGCCUGUCUUCAGAGGAUGCCAUGAGCACUUCAGUGGAAUUACCAGCUCAAAGGAUGAAAGAACCAAGCAGUCAAAAUCAAGUCAUUUCGCUGGAGAAUCUCAUUCUGCCCUAAGUAGUACUAUUGAAGAACAUAAUAUUGAGAAGUCUGCCAUGCACAAGUCAAGAAAAGUUGCCAUCCGGGAAUCUGCUGAACGCAUUUCACUGAAUAAAGAGAUUUAUGACAUUCAAGAUUUUCACAAAAGACUGAGGGAGGACAGCUUGCUUCGUUUGCCUGAGUUUAUAAUCAAGCCAAGGUCCCACACUGUCUGGGAGAAACAGAAUGUGAAGUUACAUUGCACCGUCUCAGGCUGGCCUGUUCCUCGAGUUACAUGGUACAAGAACAAUGUCAGCAUCAAUGUCCACACUGAUCCUGGAAAAUAUAUCAUUGACAGCAAAUACGGUGUUCAUUCCUUGGAAAUUAACAAUUGUGACUUUGAUGACACUGCUCAGUAUCGUGCUUCAGCCAUGAAUGCAAAGGGAGAACUUUCAGCUUUUGCAUCAGUAGUUGUGAAACGAUUCAAAGCAGAGCAUGGUGAUCUCUCAUUCCACUCUGGAAGAAUUGCACCUCCUUCAUACGACUACUUCCCUGGUGACCCUCAUAUGAAGUUUGAAGUGCACUUUGUUGAUAUGUUUAAUGUGUCAUUUGGUAAGGAAGGUGACACAUUGAGUUUGGGCUGCACUGUCGUCGUUUACCCUAACCUAAAGCGAUUCCAGCCUGAGAUCCAGUGGUGGCGCAAUGGUAUCCAGCUACAGCCAUCCAAAUGGGUUGAGAUGCACUGGGGUGGGGAAACUGCUACACUGACUUUUACUCACCUAAAUAAGGAGGAUGAAGGAUUGUACACUAUACGUGUGUUGACAAAAUCUGGCUAUGAAGUUCAUAGUGCAUACGUGUUUGUCAGAGAUGCUGAUGCAGAGGUUGCAGGUGCCCCGGGAGCUCCUUUGGAUGUCUAUUGCUUAGAUGCCAAUAAAGAUUAUGUCAUUGUAACCUGGAAACAACCAGCGGUUGAUGGUGGAAGCUCCAUCCUUGGUUACUUUGUUGACAGAUGUGAAGUAGGAACCAAUCAUUGGGUUCAGUGCAAUGAUACCCCAGUGAAGUUUGCCAGGUUUCCUGUCACUGGAUUGGUAGAAGGCCGUUCCUACAUCUUCCGUGUGCGUGCUGUUAAUAACGUUGGAAUUAGUAGACCAUCCCGUGUAUCUGAGCCUGUUGCAGCCUUGGAUCCUGCUGAUAAAGCAAGGCUGAAGGGAAUCCCAUUAGCCCCCUGGACAGGACAGAUUAUUGUAACAGAAGAAGAACCAGCAGAGGGUGUGGUGCCAGGACAACCUACAGAACUAGCUGUGACUGAAGCCACAAGGAAUUAUGUGGUCCUCAGCUGGAAGCCUCCUGGUCAACGUGGCCACGAAGGAAUCAUGUAUUAUGUAGAAAAGUGUGUUGCAGGCACUGAGGACUGGCAAAGGGUUAACCCAGAGAUCCCCGUGAAGUCUCCACGAUUUGCAUUGUUUGAUCUGGCUGAGGGUAAAUCAUAUCGUUUCCGUGUCCGCUCUGCUAAUUCUGCUGGCAUUAGUGAGCCUUCUGAGCCAACAGACUUUACUGAAGUAACAGACAAGCUUGAUGUUCCAAAAGCUCCAAGUCAUGUUGUGCCUUCGAGGAACACAGACACUUCAAUGGUUGUUACUUGGGAAGAGUCAAAAGAUGCAAAGGAAUUAGUUGGCUACUACAUUGAAGCAAGCAUCAGUGGAUCUGGAAAAUGGGAACCAUGCAACAACAAACCAGUGAAAGGCAAAAGAUUUAUUUGUCAUGGAUUACAAACUGGACAGUUAUACAAAUUUCGAGUUAGGGCUGUCAAUGCAGCCGGGCUUAGUCAAUUUUCACAUGAGUCUGAGGCUCUGGAAGUCAAAGCUGCUUUAGGAGGAGGAGUGCCUCAUGGUGUGUUUCCUGAACAAAGUGGUAACAUUGGUGGACUAACAGACAGCAGUGCACGCUGGGAUGGCAAGCAUGAGGCAUCUCAGCUCGCACGUGACACUUUACUAAGUUGUGAUGCUGUGCUUAACAGAUGCCUGCUGCCCACUGGCUAUGAUAAUUUUCCAUGCAUAGAACCAGAUACACCAAAGGAGGUAAAUGCAGAAUGGACAAGCAAGUCUAAUCUCAGAAGCCCAGAGGUACAGGACAUGUACGAGGAGGGCCCAAAGAAUAAAGAUAAGCAUGACAAGGGCCUAAAGAUGCCAGACAUGCAUGAAAAGGGCCCAAAGGUUCAAGACAUGUACAAGAAGGGUUCUAAGGUAGAAGACAAAUAUGAGAAGGGGCCUAAAGUACAAGAUAUGCACAAGAAGAAGGAAAAACUAGCUGCUCCUGCACCACCUUAUGGGAUUACAGUUCUUGAAAGUGUUCGUGACUCCAUGGUGUUGGGAUGGAAACAGCCGAAAUUCCAAGGUGGUGCUGAUAUUACCGGCUACUUUGUGGAUUAUCGUGAAAUUAUUGAUGGUAUUCCUGGAAAAUGGAAAGAAGCCAAUAUCAAAGCUAUCACUGAGCGGGCAUAUAGAAUCCAUGACCUGAAGGAAAAUAUGGUGUAUCAGUUCCAAGUCCGUGCAAUAAACAUGGCAGGUGUUGGCCUUCCAUCUCUCCCGAGUGAGAAAUUUACAUGUGAAGAAUGGACUAUUGCGGUUCCAGGACCACCUCAUGACGUCAUGUACACUGAGGUCAGAAAGAACUCACUGGUACUGCUCUGGAAAGCUCCAAUCUAUUCUGGCCGCAGUGAGGUGACUGGGUAUUAUGCUGACGUACGAGAGGCAGAUGCAGAUGAUGAAAAGUGGAGAAGUGUCAACGAAAAGGAAAUAUCAAAGAGACACAUCAAGGUACAAGGUCUGAAAGAAGGUGUGAAAUAUGUUUUCCGUGUGAGGGCUGUGAACAGGGCAGGAGUUGGAAAGCCAUCUGAUUUAACAGAGCCAGUCACCGCAGAAACACCUCCAGGUACUAAGGAGAUUGCUGUCAAUGUGGAUGACGAUGGAGUUAUUUCUUUGACCUUUGAAUGCGCUGAUAUGGCUGAGGGUUCAAAGUUCAUUUGGUCUAAAAACUAUGAAGACCUCAUUGACUCAUCAAGAGUUACAAUGGAGACAAAAGGCGGAAAGACAAAAAUCAUUUUCAAUGACCCAGGGAAGGAAGACUUGGGUAUCUACUCCUGUGUUGUCACUGAAACAGAUGGAGUUUCUUCCAGCUAUGCCAUAGAUGAAGCAGAGCUGCUGCGUCUGCUUGAACUUAGUCAUGAACAUAAAUUCCCGGUGGUGCCUCUGAAGUCAGAGCUAGCAGUUGAGCUGCUGGAGAAAGGACAAGUGCGCUUCUGGUUGGAGGCUGAACGUCUCUCUCCAAAUGGACAAUGUAAAUUUGUAUUUAAUGACAAGGAGAUUAAAAAUGAUGAGAAAUAUAAAAUAAAGGUGGAUCAUAAAACUGGUUUAGUGGAAAUGAUAAUGGACAAAUUGGAGGAUAUAAAUGAAGGCACUUAUACUGUACAGCUCCAAGAUGGUAAAGCAAGCAAUCAAUCUAGUCUCGUUUUAAUUGGAGAUGUGUUUAAGAAUCUGCAAAAGGAAGCAGAAUUCCAGAGAGGGGAGUGGCUCAGGAAACAAGGUCCUCAUUUUGUUGAGUAUCUCAGUUGGGAGGUUAAUAAUGACUGCAGUGUACUUCUGAAAUGCAAGGUGGCUAACAUUAAAAAAGAGACCUCAAUCAUCUGGUACAAGGAUGAUAGAGAGAUAAUGUUUGAUGAGAAGCAUGACUUCAAGGAUGGAGUGUGUACUUUGCUGGUUCAACAGUUUUCAAAGAAAGACGCUGGUGUUUAUGAAAUUGUGCUGAAGGAUGACAGGGGAAGAGAUUCAAGUACGCUCCGACUGCUUGAAAAAGCUUUCGGUGAUGUGAUAAGUGAAGUUUGCCGUGCAGCUGCUCAGACUGCAACAGAUUUGAAGGUACAGAGUACAGAGCAUGGUAUCAGAAUCUACUCUUUUGUUACUUACUACCUGGACGAUUUGAAGAUCAUCUGGUAUCACAAAGACACAAAGCUUGCAUCCACAGACAGGGUAAAGAGUGGUGUUACAGGAGAGCAGCUCUGGCUGCAGAUUAAUGAACCCACUGAAAAGGAUAAAGGCAGAUACACUCUUGAACUCUUUGAUGGAAAAGCCGGACACAAAAAAUCAGUUGAACUAUCAGGGACAGUUUUUGAUGAAGCCUUUGCAGAAUUCCAGAGGCUGAAACAGGCAGCAAUUGCUGAAAAAAAUCGUGCUCGUGUUAUCGGAGGUUUGCCUGAUGUUGUUACAAUUCAAGAAGGAAAGUCACUUAACCUUACUUGUAAUGUCUGGGGAGAACCUGCGCCUACAGUUUCCUGGCUGAAGAAUGAUAGAGAACUGCUAGGUGAUGCUCAUCUAAUACUGAAGUUUGAUUCAGGAAAAUUUGCUUCCUUCACUAUCACCGAUGUCAGAACCACAGACUCUGGCAAAUACAGCAUCCUCGUAAAAAACAAAUACGGCACUGAAACAGGCGACUUUACUGUAAGUGUUUUCAUCCCUGAGGACGAAGAAGUACAAGUUGAACCGGAAAAAGCAGCAAAGAAAAAGUGAAGUGAUUGUAAUGAGAAAGAUAGAAGUGAGCAAACAAGCUCAGGCUAACAUAUAUUCUCAGUGGUGUGUAAGAUUUGAUGUGGAGGUUAGUUUAUUGUUAUAUGAAGAGUAAAGGUGAGACUGGAGGAAUGAUUUUCAAGCAGCAGUUUUAAAACUUUCAUUGUCUGUACUAAACUAGUCACUGAGUGCAUCUGAAGCAUUGAGUUAGUGAAGUAGACUUCCUGUAGAUAAGUUGUUAGCCCUCUGUUUCCUUUUGUGUCUCUAAUUUCAAUGUGAACACCAACUAUGUUGAUGCUGUAAUCAAUAAAAUCCCAUAGCAAUACAUGAAUAAAUGGUGCACAUAUCUUUCACACUUACCUCCACCU